AAGUUGACGUGAAUAUUGCACUGGAGGUGAUUCGACAGCAGACGCGCUCGAUUGCCGCACUCAAGAGGAAAUCUCAACUCAAGUUGUCGAAAUGGAGCGAUGUCAAAGCGGCAGAAGAAGGCGAAGACGAAGGAAAAAAACUGCACUUCAUAAGUCCGGCACGCCGGAAAUCUGUGCUCGCUCCAAUACUGAGUAAGAUCAAGAAUGGUGUGGAUGGCACAGAUGCUGGGGAUAAGAGGUCGGCAGGCAGCGAGGGCAGCGGCAGCAGUCACAUAGCCGUCCAAAUUGAGCCAGCCAGGCGUGUGAAGCGCCAUAGCAUACACGGCAUGAUGGAGGAGGAGAACACCAUACGGCCGCAUCAGGAGAUACGCCAGCUAACGCUGGAGGAGAAGAAGUUCCUCUUGGCGGUGGAGCGGGGCGACAUGGCGGGCACUCGACGCAUGCUGCAGAAGGCACAGGACACCGAUUACAUCAAUGUCAACUGUGUCGAUCCCUUGGGCCGAACCGCCUUGCUGAUGGCCAUUGAUAAUGAGAAUCUGGAGAUGGUUGAGCUGCUCAUUAACUACAAUGUGGACACGAAGGAUGCGCUCUUGCACUCCAUUUCCGAGGAGUUUGUGGAGGCCGUGGAGGUGUUGCUGGACCACGAGAAUGUUACCUUCCAGAAUGAGGGCAAUCAUAGCUGGGAGUCUACUUCGGAGGAAACUUCAACGUUUACGCCAGACAUAACACCUUUGAUAUUGGCCGCCCAUCGGGACAACUACGAGAUCAUCAAAAUUCUGCUCGAUCGUGGCGCCGUUCUGCCCAUGCCACACGAUGUGCGUUGCGGCUGUGACGAGUGCGUCCUGUCCCGGCAGGAGGACUCGCUCAGGCACUCGCGCUCUCGAAUCAAUGCCUAUCGUGCGCUGGCCAGUCCCAGUCUUAUAGCACUGUCCUCCAAGGAUCCUAUACUCACGGCCUUCGAGCUCUCCUGGGAGCUGCGACGUCUCAGCUUUCUGGAACACGAAUUUAAGAACGAAUAUCAGGAGCUGCGAAAGCAGUGCCAGGAUUUUGCUACCGCCUUGCUAGAUCAUACGCGCACCUCGCACGAGCUGGAGAUCUUGCUAAAUCACGAUCCCACUGGCCCGGUCUUUGAGCAUGGCGAGCGCAUGCACCUGAAUCGCCUGAAGUUGGCUAUCAAACUGCGACAGAAAAAGUUUGUGGCGCACUCGAAUGUGCAACAGCUAUUGGCCAGCAUUUGGUAUGAAGGCCUACCUGGCUUUAGACGCAAAAACAUGGCUCUUCAGACACUGGACAUCAUUCGCAUUGGCAUCCUGUUUCCCAUUUUCUCGCUGGCCUACAUUCUGGCGCCGUACUCCAGCAUCGGGCAGACCAUGCGGAAGCCCUUCAUUAAAUUCAUUUGCCACAGCGCCUCGUACUUUACGUUCUUGUUCCUUCUAAUGCUCGCCUCGCAGCGCAUUGAGACCUUCAUUGGCAGUUGGUUCUGGUCGGACGCGACGACGAUGCUGAACCAGACGGAGGAACUGCAGCUGCCCACCAAGCGCGGAGCCAAGCCCACCUUCAUCGAGUGGCUGAUUCUGGCCUGGGUGAGCGGGCUCAUCUGGAGCGAGGUGAAGCAGCUGUGGGACGUGGGCCUGCAGGAGUACCUCAAUGAUAUGUGGAACGUCAUUGACUUUGUGACCAACUCCCUCUACGUGGCCACAGUGGCACUGCGCGUCGUCUCGUUCUUUCAGGUGCAAAAGGAGAUGAAGGUUAAUUCGCAGGCCACGGACUUGCCGCGCGAGCGCUGGGACACCUGGGACCCCAUGCUCAUAUCGGAGGGCCUGUUCAGUGCAGCGAACAUUUUCAGUAGCCUCAAGCUGGUGUACAUCUUCUCGGUGAACCCACACUUGGGGCCACUGCAGGUCUCGCUGUCGCGCAUGGUCAUGGACAUCAUGAAGUUCUUCUUCCUUUACGUCCUGGUGCUCUUCGCCUUUGGCAGCGGCCUCAACCAGCUGCUCUGGUACUAUGCUGAUCUGGAGAAGAAGCGCUGUCCCGAGGUCUCACCCAGCCUCCUGCUCAACUUGAAUGGCACCAAUGAUCCGAAUGCCUGCAUUGUCUGGCGACGUUUCUCCAAUCUUUUUGAGACCACUCAAACCCUAUUUUGGGCUGUCUUUGGGCUGAUUGAUCUGGACAGCUUCGAGCUGGAUGGCAUCAAGAUCUUCACACGUUUCUGGGGCAUGCUCAUGUUUGGCACCUAUUCGGUUAUCAACAUCGUAGUGCUGCUCAAUCUCUUGAUAGCCAUGAUGAACCACUCGUAUCAGCUAAUAUCGGAACGUGCUGAUGUGGAGUGGAAAUUCGCACGCUCCAAAUUAUGGAUCAGUUACUUCGAGGAGGGCGGCACUUGCCCGCCCCCGUUCAAUAUAAUUCCCACGCCCAAGUCCAUAUGGUACGCCAGCAAAUGGAUGCGUCAGGUGUUCUGCAGCGGCUCCUCGGCCGCUCGACGGGAGCACCUGAAGACAAUACGUCGCAAAGCACAGCAGGCCAGCGACAGGGACUUCAAGUAUCAGCAGAUAAUGCGUAAUCUGGUGCGUCGCUAUGUCACCGUGGAGCAGCGCAAGGCGGAGUCUCAGGGUGUCACAGAGGAUGAUGUCAACGAGAUUAAGCAGGACAUCUCUGCUUUCCGCUGCGAGCUGGUGGAGAUACUGAAGAACAGCGGCAUGGAUACGAACGUGACUGCAGGACAAGGUGGCGGCGGCGGUGGCAAGAAGAAUCGCCAGAAGGAGCGUCGGCUCAUGAAAGGCUUUAAUAUUGCGCCACCAGGCUCGACGAGCUCCUUGGCCCCGGUGGCCGAGUUCUCCACAUCGCUGGAUAAUUAUGAUAAUCAGCAUGAGAUACUUAGCUCCACGCUCUCCACACUCUUCACGCCCAACUUCAUACACAGACGCCAGAACACCACUGGCGGCAUGGGUGGCGCUGAGUCACCCACCACGCCCACUCAGAGCCCGGCAGCAGCAACGCCCGCCACGGCUGCCACAAAGUACAAUAAGACCACGUUAAAGUACAACAAACGCAUUGCAGGCCACAAGAAACGCUGGGGUACACUGAUUGAAGCCGCCAAGGUGGGCAACAUGAGCAAAAUGCUGGGACGCUCCAAGUCGGAGGAUUCCGUCUGCGAUUCCUCGCAUGACACCACAUCUGUGCACGACCAGGUGCGUGUGAGCUAUGCCCAAGGCUCGGCCCAGUGCACAGUUAACUACAGACAGAACGGCGGAGAUGGCAAUACCCUGGGGUCAGCUCUGCCACCGCCUCCAGCAGCCUCCUCGGCACACACGUAUGGGGGCGUGGGCGCGCACUUCUUUCACACAACGACAGGUCUAACUGCCAUUGCUGCUCUGAAACGCAAACGCAAAAAAUUCUCAUCAAGCAAAAACAUUUGCCCCGUGACGGAAUCAAUUGCAGCUGCCAAUGCAGCGGAGCUAUUGAAUGAUAAGACGCUUAAACGUGUGUCCAGCUAUCCGGCAGCCACUGCUCAGGUAAGUGGCCCACACAAGGAUACCGCUCAGGUGGUGAAGCCGCGACGGCAUGAGCAAACGCAAAGUCAACAUGAUUCGGUUGAGGCCUCCACGGAGUUCACACUAUCCAUUGAUCCAUCCAAUACGUCUGUCAAUUCGCGUGAGCCUUUGAUUAGCAGCAGCUGUGUCUCUACCAUGGGCACCAUUGGCUGAAUAUCAGUGAAUGAAUUCACAUUACAGAAAAAUAAUAACUAAAUGAAAUAGAUUAACAAAAACUUAAGUAAAAUGGCAAAAAGUUUUUGCUAAUUUGUCUGCUCAAUCCAAAUUCAUUCAGUCACUCACACAAAAAUGCAUUUGUACCAUAUACAUAUGUAUAUAUAAUAUAUAUAUAUAUGUAUUAAGCAGACGAGCCAUGGGAUUUGAAAUGCUACCAAUACCAAAUAUUAUUAUAUAUAUAUGUAUACAUAUACAUAUGUAACUAACCCAUAUCGAUGUUAAAAGCUGCCUUAGCAUUAGAAAUAAAUGUUAGCAUAAGCGAAAAGGGUAUAUCUGUCUUAAGAGAUGGUUGAAGAAAAUAUUAAAAAAUAUACUAAAAUAUAUAUAUAAUAAUAAAAUAAAAUAUAUAUAAUAAAUAAUAAUUUAAAAAAAAGCAAAUAAAAUAAUUCACAUGUUUAUGUGACAAGUUUUUGGAAGCAUAUUAAAUUAUUGUACUUGGACCUAGGACUACGAAAUGUUUUUCAUGUUUCAUACAUAAGUGAGAUAAAUAUAAAAUAAAGCAAAUACCACAAUAUUUUAUACACCGAUUUUAACCAAACUCAACAAACAACAAUAAACGAAUUGCGAAACUGUUAAUGAUUUUAGCGCCUAUAUCCUGAAAUACCUAUAAGUAUAUAAUAUAUUUUGUAGUUACCAUAAAAAAAAAAAAAAUGCUACAAAUUUUUAGAUGGUUUUUAGGUAAAUGCAAAUGUAAUUUUGAAUUGUAUUAGUAUGUUGAAGUUCACAAAAAUCUUAGACUUAGAUUAAUAACUAAAUGCAACUAAAACUAACAGAAAUAACGAAUUAAUUAAACAAUGAAUAGCGGGAAAUACUAAUGAUAUUAAUAAUAUUACAAUAACUGCGAUAAACGAACAUCUAGUUGAUUUAAAUGUUAUAUUUAAUUUUCAUAUAAAUACAUACACAUAUGCAAAUACGAAUACGAAUACGAAUACAAAACUUACAUAUCAAACAAAAUACGAUAACGUCCAACUAACAGAUAAUUUAUGUUAUAUAUUAUUUAAGAUGAUUAAAAAAUACGAGAAAAUCUAUGUUAUAGUGUGAAUUGGUUUAGCUAACUAUGGUAGAAUGAGAAAGUGUUAACAAUAAAAAUAAUGAUGAAUAAAGCAUUUUAAGUACGCAACUUAUUUCACUUCAAAAACUCUUUGCAAAGUACAUCAUUCAUUAUCUCAUCUAUCCCAUUUUAUAGUCGGUCACUUGAUGAAUGUCUUCACUUGACUUGAUCAACGUCUAUC